CCUGUAUCUCGCUCAGAACCGUCGCCCCACUCCGCACUGGCAGCAGCAAAUCUCUGCGUCUCUCUCUCUCUCUUUUACUCUUUCUGUCUGUGAGCCCCAUCUUGACCCCACCACCGUCGCCGCGCCUCCACCAUGGGCCGCCUCGCCAAGGAGAUCUCCGGGCAGGUGCUGUGCUUCAUCGGCUUCGUGGGCGUCUGCCUGACCACGGGACUGCCCAUGUGGCGCGUCACCUCCUUCAUCGGCGCCAACAUCGUGACGGGCCAGGUGGUCUGGGACGGCCUAUGGAUGCGCUGCGUGAUGCAGGCCACGGGCCAGAUGCAGUGCAGCAUCCAAGACUCCAUCAUGCGGCUGACGCAGGACCUGCAGGCCGCGCGCGCCCUGGUCAUCAUCGCCGUCAUCAUCUCCUUCGUGGGCCUGAUGCUCACCUUCAUCGGCGGCCGCUGCUCCAGCUGCCUGAAGAACGAGUCCAGUAUGUCCAAGGUGGUCAUCACCGGCGGCGUGCUCUGCAUCGUGGCGGGCGCCGUCUGCCUGAUCCCCGUCACCUGGUCGGCCUCCUUCACCAUCCAGGACUUCCAGAGUGUGCUGACCACCGAGACCCAGAAGCGGGAGAUCGGGUCAUCCAUCUACAUUGGGUGGGGUUCCGCGGGGCAGAUGUUGGGCUUCUCCCUCUGCAUUAUAGGGUUCCUCGGCAGCAUCGUCAUUUGCGCAUUGCCCCAGUGGAGGGUGAGCGCGUUCAUCGGCGCCAACAUCGUGACGGCGCAGACCUUCUGGGAGGGCCUGUGGAUGAACUGCGUGAUGCAGAGCACGGGUCAGAUGCAGUGCAAGAUCUACGACUCCAUGCUGGCCCUGCCGCAGGACCUGCAGGCCGCCCGCGCCCUGGUGGUCGUCGCCAUCAUCAUCUGCGUCUUCGGCAUCCUCCUGGCCAUCUCUGGGGGCAAGUGCACCAACUUCGUGGAGGAUGAGGCGUCCAAGGCCAAGGUGGCGCUGGCCAGUGGAGUGGUCUUCCUCAUCGCCGGUGUCAUGGUGCUCAUCCCCGUGUGCUGGGCGGCCAACACCGUCAUCCAGGACUUCUACAACCCCCUGGUGACCAGCGCCCAGAGGAGGGAGCUGGGCGCCAGCCUCUACAUCGGCUGGGGUACUGCGGUCUUGCUCCUGCUGGGAGGGGGUCUGAUCUGCAGCAACUGCCCGCCCAAGGAUGAUAACGACUACCCAGUGAAAUACUCCCAGGCCCGGUCAUCCGCCACCAGCCGAGCCUACGUGUGAGGAAUGAUGACCGAAGGGUCAAGGCCUAGGAGACAUUAAUAACCUGGUUCCUUUUGUUCAGAGAAUCUUUGCCAGUGUACACAGAGGUACUCGUGAGAGUGAAGGGAGAAUUACCCUGGACUUUGAUGAAAACAAGACAACAGAAGUGCCAAAGCUAUUAUUUCCACUAGUUAAAAUUGCCUCUAAGACUAAGGAAGUGCAAAGGUGUGGUAUAUAUUUUAAUCUUUUCUUGCCUGACUUCCUGCUUGGCAAACUGAGGAUCUAAUCUGAGAUCUAAUUUGUUGAUUGAUAUAUUGGAGCUGAUUUGAAAAUCAGAAUUACACUUGCGGGUAGAAAAUGCUGUGUGUGUGUGAAUGUACAGUAUGUGUGUGGGAGUGGGGGAUGGGGGGAGGAGCGCCCUGGUCAUCAUCGCCGUCAUCAUCUCCUUCGUGGGCAUGAUGCUCACCUUCAUCAUGACGUACGCUGGCACAGGGUCGUACAUGCCCAACAAGCCCAAUGCCGCACCACCUUACGCGGCACCCAGGCAGUAUCUCUAACAACGUGGACUACAUGAAGAUGACAGGACUUGUCCGUGGGGUUUGCUGAUUAUUUAUGGAUCAGCGAGUUUUUGAGCUGCACUGGAGAGUGUUUACUAUUUACUCUUUCUGAAGUGUGUUGUUUGUGUAUCUGCUGAGUAGUCUUAGCAUGUUGGCAUUGUGUAGAGAAACAAAAUGGUGUGUUAAAAUGGCGUAGCAAAACCUCAAAUGUUGUGAUGUUGUCAGGUUUAUGAAAGGUAUCCACUGUCAUACAAACAAGUUUGCACGAAUUUAUACUCCUGUUGAAGUGACAUUUUCAUGACAAAUGUAAAUAGAAAACUGUAAAAAGAAUGCUGAAUUGCUCUUGAUGUUCAUGUAUGAAGUGUGAUCUGUAUUAUUAUGAAAAUUAUUUGACAAUAAAUCAUAUUUUAUAAUA